UCACACGCAAAAACUGCAAUAAUAGUAGCGUCGCUCUCCUUCAAAUGCAAUAUCUUUUUCACUCCUGAACCAUAUUUAUUGCUGCUCAUCAGGCUUUUGUCGCUAACCUGCGCGGCUCCCUCCUUCUCGGCGAUGGGCGUACUGCGCCACCGCCGCCACCACCACCACCACCACCACCACACUCUACAAACUCUCACCGCCUUAACAUUUCUCUUAUUUGCCUCUGCCACAGCCAUCUCUCUGUCCCAACUCGGUAGUCAGCGGCGAGAGUUGAGAGGGAAAAGUGAAGCAGAAUCAAGAGCAAUAUUUGGGCUGAGUCAGAGGACGCUUGGUUUGGGGUCGGCGCCGCCCACGUGUAGAUCCAAGUGCGAUAGGUGCUCGCCCUGCAACCCCGUGCACGUGCCGAUCCACCCUGGCGUGAGCACUCCCCUUGAGUACUACCCUGAAGCUUGGCGAUGCCAGUGCGGGAAUAAGCUCUUUAUGCCUUGAAAGAAACAAACAAACACAGCGAAGAUCAGAAACAAGUAGAUAUAUCAUCAGUUUUAGUAAUAAUUUAACUAGAUUGGUCAUGCGCGGCCAUCUUUUCUAGGUUAUUAUUAUUAUUGUUGUUGUUGCUGUUAUUAUUACCGAGUUUUGCUUUACUGUUAGGGACAAGGGGGAACGUUGGGAAUGUAAGAAUUUAGGUGAUAUUAUCGAGAGGGAUCUCUCUCCUCCCUCUCUUUCUCUGUUA